CGGAGGAGGCCGGCCGACCGUCUGCGUGUCACGUACAUAGCCGUACGGGAGCUUGACAGUUUGGCUGCCCAGACUCUCUGAAAUCGAUCCAGUGAAUGACACUUAUUUCUCCAUAUAUGUACCAUGGAAUAAUGUCCAUUGCGCAGUCAUGUAAAUAUGUAAAGGAUGAGCAAUUCAUCUGGCAAAAUGUCUUCUGUUGGUAGUAUUUCAAAUGGCCGAGGGUCACGUCGUGGAAGCACAGUGAGUGACAAGCUACGUGUUCGUUCAGGACAGGGGAAAAUGUCUGACUCCCAAUGGCCUCUUCACACAGUUUUAGAGUUUUCCCAUCAAGUUGCUUUAUUGUAUGAGAACCUGGCCAUUAAUCUGCAGUCAUUAGUAGAAUCAUUCAGAGACCAAGCUGUUAUCAGAGAUGGCAUGAUUGCAAUUGACAGGAAGCAUUGUGAGCACCAGUGGUUUGUGAAUGUAUGGGAGAAACUAUUGGAUGAAUAUGCUGCUGUAUCUAUUGAUUACUUUGAUCUUGCAAACAAUCUUGAGAGUGGUGUAAGUAAUGCAGUUCAGCAGACAACAAGUCGUAUCAUACUCAAUGAUGCAAUUCGCUAUCGUGAAAAUCUUUGUCAAGAAAUCAGGAUGAAUGAUUGCAGUUUGUUGAAGCUUGAGAAAGAGUAUAGUGAGGCCUGGCAUAAGAUGGAUCGGGACGGUAUGGACAACAUUAAGAAUCACAACACAGCACUGUGCUACAAUAAACAUAAUGACUAUGUUCUGCAACUGACUGGAAUCAAUAUUUUGAAUGCGGGUAUCUGUAAUACAGCACUACCAUCACUGAGCAAAGACAUAGAACGAGUAAAUGCUGAAAUAACUGGACUUGCGGUGAAGGAAGUAGUCAGACAAGCUCAACUUACUCGAUCCAAGCUGACUGAUCAAGGUAAUCGUAUGGACACCAUUAUCAACACUGUACAAAAUGCGUCUGAACCAUCUUCAGUUUGUCAUGAUCAAACCAAGCAGUAUGAAUUCAGCAAACCACACCAGAAUGCAGCAGGGGACUUUGUGGAAAAGAAGCUGGUGGUGAAUCUGGCAACAGAGAAGGUGCUUCAAGGCAAAUAUGACAUGCUGGUUAAAGAGGUGAAUGAAAUGGAAAAGCAAUUGGCAACAAGAAAGGAGACUCAGAGUAAACUCAAAAGGCAAUAUGAUAUUGUAAAAAUGAGUCAACAACAUAGUAAAGCUACAGAGAUUUUGACUCAAAUCUAUAUCAACAAAAGUGAGAUGCAAAAGACUGAAGUAGCCCUUGAGAGCAGACAGGCCCAGCUGAAGUUGUUUACCCCAGAGAUUCUAGGAUGGAGAGUUAGUAAUGGACAUGUGUUGCCAACGGGUGACCGUAUGACUGCCAAGUCUGAACAAUGUUCUUUAUCUUCUGAAGCUAAGGAUUGCUUGUCAGAUAUGCUGGAAAGUGGCAAAAGAUCACACUGUUUUCAAGAUUACAACUUCAAAAAACCAACCUUUUGUGAUCACUGUAGGGGACUAUUAAAAGGCAUACUGAAGCAAGGCUUGCGUUGCAAACUGUGUAAAUGCAAUGUACAUCACAAAUGCCAGGAGGGUUUUCCAGAAUGUAAAGGACAGGAAAAAUCCAACAAAGUAUUUCGGCGCCAAUCAAGUGUUCGAGACAUCAAACCUCUGGUUGACAAGAAAAAGCUUCUUCGUAAACAGAAAAGUUCCUCAGAACUUGAGAUUCCUAGGUACUUUGAGUCGAAUGUUGAAGAGGUGGAUCCAAUAUAUGAGGCCAUUAAAUGUGCAGCCAAUCUUUCUAGUGCAACAUGUGUUGAGACUUCACCAAGGCCUAGUCUGGUUCCAGGUAGUAUUGCUGCAUCAGGAGCUUCCUUAAGUAGCUAUUCCAGUGGCAGCGCCAAUUCACUGGCACCAGAUGGACGGGAUCCAGUCAUGUCUAAAUCAGCACCACACAGUCCAAGUACAUCUUCAACGAGGAGAAAAAUAUUGGAGACGUAUGGAAAGAGCAUGUCAUUCGACACAGAGCCUUCGACCCGUGUUAAACAUACGCAUGCGAGACACAGUGAGCCUACAAUACAGAUUUCAAGUUCAACUGGCAGUGACUAUGUGGCUUUGUAUAACUUUGAGGGCAUGAUGAGGGAUGACCUAUCACUCAGGGCUGGUGAACAUGUUCAGGUUACUGACAGCAAGAAAACAGAGUGGUGGAAGGGUGAGGUGAAUGGUCGAUGUGGUUUUUUCCCAUCCUUCUGUGUGACAUCACUGAAACCAUGGGAAAGGGUUGUCAGAGUAACACAUACACACAAAGCAGCAGCAGAUGUCAAAGAUGGAAUCAAUCUCAAUAAAGACCAGGUUGUGAUUCAAACAUCAGGUGAAGAUGGUGGCUGGGUUAAUGUAUGUACCAGGAAGCACACUGGCUGCUUUCCCUAUAGAUACCUUCAACCCAUCAACAAAAGUACUUGAACUUGUUGAGUUUUGAAACAAAUGUUUUGCCUCCUGCCAGUACUACUACCUUAUCAACACUUGCCAGUUCUUUAUAGAAGCCACUCUGUCUAAUCAGCACUUGCCAGUUCUUUAUAGAAGCCACUCUGUCUAAUCAGCACUUGCCAGUUCUUUAUAGAAGCCACUCUGUCUAAUCAGCACUUGCCAGUUCUUUAUAGAAGCCACUCUGUCUAAUCAGCACUUGCCAGUUCUUUAUAGAAGCCACUCUGUCUAAUCAGCACUUGCCAGUUCUUUAUAGAAGCCACUCUGUCUAAUCAGCAUUGCGAUAACCUAACUCAAAACUGUUAGGACGUUGCAAAUAUUUAUUAUAGAAGAAUUGUAUAUGUAUCGCCAUCAUCCUAUCUAGUGCCUGGAGGAAGGGAAACAAAGAACUUGAAUAAUACAUGCAAUGUAUCAUGCCCAAACUCUUGUAUCUCCAGCAAACCAGAGUACUCUGGCAAGUAUGACGAGUCCAUGUAAUACAGAGUAUACACAAGAUAUUCCAUGGUGGAAACUCAUCAAUGACUAGGUUGUACUGUUCAACAUUGAUGUAGGAUUGCCUUCCUCUCUAUGUAAGGUUCUCAAUGCCAUCCAUUAUUGUGAUAAAGUAACUUCUGGCUUAAAUGUUGAGCAGAUGAAGUGUUGUUUAAAACAGAUCAUGUAUGCAAAACUAUUUAUGCAUUAAAAAAUAUAUUUAUUUAUUUAUAAUGUAUUCACUUAGAGCAAUUUUCAUUGUGGGUAAGUGAAAUGUAUUCUAUUUAUUGUAAAAUACAAUAAUAUCUUGGUAUGAAUCUAUAGAAAAGAAACAAGGUAUACAGAAUGGAGUAAUAUUUAUUUUAAAGAUUAUAUUGGAGCAUAGUUAAGGGUGUCUGCUACAUUGAAGCAACAUGAAGGGUGUCUGCUACAUUGAAGCAACAUGAAGGGUGUCUGUUGCAUCAAAGCAAC